AUGCCUGCCAAAAAAAGCGCAUUUCUAUCUAGAAGGAAAGUGAGGCACAGAUUACCACAAUUUGAAUUUAGAAAACAAUACUUUCUCAUCCAGUCACCAUAUCUUUGCUAUGAAAAAUCAAAGUAUAUGGAAUUUGCAACUGUCACUAAUCAAGGGAGCUAUCCUCCUUUAGUGACACCAAUUACAGAAUCAAAGCACACUAUUCACUUGCAGGAAAAAUUGAAAAAAACUGUCAACCAUACACCAACGUUUGAAAAAGUGCUCAAUCGAACAUUGGAAGUUUCGGCUCCUGACAUUAUGCCAUCAAUCAAAGAGGAAAUGAAUUAUAAUAUUGUAAACUUGAAGAUCAAUAACAUUCCGAUACCACAACAUGCAGACACAGAAUUUAAUGGAUUCAGAUUGACCAAAGAUAAAUUGGCAACUUUGACGAAACGAUUUCACUCAACCAUCACUUUGAAUCAUGAAUUUAAGAGUUUGGAUGGAUACAAGAUUAGAAUAUUCAUGAUAGCAAGCACAAGAAUGAAAGCUUUGCAAUUUAAAAAGACAUCCUAUGCCAACAAGUCUCAAAUCAAGAAAAUCAGAACUGUUAUGACAGAUGUCAUUUCAAAGAAAAUAUCCCAAAUGAAAAUCCUUGAAUUUGUUGAACGAAUGGCUAUCAAAUGUGGAAUGAGCAAUGAAAUUCGAACAAGAUGUGAAAAUAUUUAUCCGCUAGAGGAAGAAAUUCACAUUACAAAAAUCAAAGUUCUGGAAAAACCUGUUUUUAGAAAAUAG